AUGAAGACGCCAUCCAUCCAGAUGGUUCAGGCGUUGUGCCUGAUCGGACUCUUCACAGGACCUUUCCAGGUUUUGUGUCUCCGAGAGAUUCCCCUCACCAUGUUCUACAACUCUGUGGAUGACCAGUAUGUUAACUGCAGCCUCGAGACAGAGCUUGAGCUGACGAAAUCAGGAAAGAUUCCCCUGCCAGAACAAUAUAAUGCAACCUGGAAAAAGGCCACACAGCACUGGGACAGCCUUAGCCAAACAGUCAGAAGCUUCAGUGCAAUUUACGGCACUGCAAUUGUGGCCUACACAGUCGGAGAUAGCCUGUACCGUGAUUUCAAUACCGCUGCAAGAGAAGCUGGGAAAUCCCAGGAUUCCUACGAGCAAUAUGCCUUCAAGGACUUCCACCUCCUCCUCACCAAAGCUCUUCAGGCCAAGAAGACGUCCAAUUGCUGUGAGGUCUUCCGUGGGAUAAACGGCAUCCAUUUCGCCACCUCGAACAAGGCGGUAGUCCGCUUCGGACAGUUUGCUUCCUCCUCAUUGGACAAAAAGGUGGCCCAAGGAUAUGGUGAGGACACCUUCUUCUCUAUCAAGACUUGUUACGGAGUGCCCAUUCGUGACUUCGCAUUAAAUAAAACGGAAAAGGAAGUUCUCAUCCCACCCUAUGAGACCUUCACCGUGACCAACUACACAAAGACCCAAAAGGGGAUCUUCAUCCGGCUGGAGUCCCUGAGUGUUUUCAGCCGCUUCAACUGUGAAGAACUGAAAGGAGUCAACACGAAGAAGGCCAUCAUCACGGGGGCCGUGGUCUUGGGUGUGAUCGUAUCGGUCGGAUUGAUCAUAGGACUUGUCGUGGUACAAACCAGGAAGCUUCGGCAGCGGCGGAGUGUGCCUAUUUAA